CCUUCACCAAAACGCCUCACUCUCCAAUCGCUCUCUCAUUGAACAAUUCGACACAUCUCUCUCUCGCACUCUCUGAAGAGUGGUGGAGUCGUACUGGAGGUCUAGAAUGAUUCUCUCUUUCUCUGAGCGAAUUCUUCGUCUCUGGCGUUUUGAAACCCUAGAUUCGGUCCCAUUCUAAUCCACAGUGUUGGUUUUAGUUUGAUCCUUUUUGGAAGUCUAUUGGGUUUUGAGUUGGACUUCAGAGGAAAGGUGUCCCAUUGAGGAUGUGGCAUUGGUUGUGCCAGAGACUGAUGACCCAUCAAUCCCAGUGAUGACUUUCAAGAUUUUGGGAUAUGGAUGGGCUGGAAUGCUUAGGAGAUACCUUGUUGAUCCUGUUGAGAUGUCGUGGCCUGCACAUCUUGCUCAAGUUUCUCUGUUUAGGAAGGCAAUCAAGGAUUUAUCAGCUGGCUUGGGCAUUGAGAAUGAUGACAUUGAGUGUUUGUAUUUACGAGCUUCCUGUUACCACGCUAUUGGCGAAUAUAGAGAGGUCAAGGACUAUGAUGCUGCUUAGACUCAAUGGAAAAGUUUGUGCUUCAAUGCUUGGCCUUUUAUCAGGUUUGCUUUGAAAUGAAUAGUACGCUUUAAAUGCUCCAAAUGCCCUGGACAUAUUGAAAGGCAAUAUAAUUGUAUGGAGUUCAAUUGAUGAUAGAUGAAAAAUUGUAUUUAUCAAAAUAAAUAAAUAAAGGAAAAGUUAUAGAAAGGUUAUGUGUAAAUUCAUGAUGAAAGCCCUGGUUGAUCUUUGGUUUUGCAAUUUAUUUUUCAUUUUAUUGGGAACAAGUUGUAGGAGAUUGGAUUAGUGGAAUUUACCGGUGAAUAUCUAUUGCUUUUCCAUUGCUUCAGUGUGCACUAUAGUGAAAUAUUAUAGUUCCUAUGAGGUAACUUUUGAACUGAUGUGGAAGACAAUGUCAAAUUCUUUCAUAUUGAUUCUUACAAUGUCAAAUUUUCUUGACAGGGUUGUCCAUUUUGUUAUGUCUGUUGGAUGGUUCAAUUUAAUUACAAUAACUCGAUUAUAAAAUAUAGGAU